AUGGCCAAGAAAGGAGGAGAAAAUUCGAAAAAAGCUGCUGGCAAUGCCAGAAAAGCCGAUGCUGCCAACAAAAAAAAGCAGGCAGCUGCUAGCGCAGCCGAGGCAGAAGAAGCUGCCGCUUGGGAGGAUGGGUCCAAAAAGGGCAAUAAGAAGAAAGAGGAAGAGAAGUUCAAGAAGGAGGAGGCUGCAAGAAAGAAGGCCGAGAGAGAGGCUCUCUUAGCAGCCGAGGAGGCAGCCAUGCCUGCUAAGCCUCUAAAAGAAAAACAAAGAGGUGCCGCCAAAGUUGCAGCCAAGAGAACAGGCAAGAUUGAUGAUUUCUUGGACUGGGAUCUGAACAAGGGAGAGUUGAGUGCUUCUGGAAUUGACGAUGCUUUGGAAGCUUUGGCAUUGACGGGACGCGACGGAGGUGUGGCCAACAAGGAUAUAGACAGACACCCUGAAAGAAGAGUGAAGGCUGCAUUUGCGGCGUUUGAAGAAAGAAGAACCCCCGAGAUCAGGAAGGAGAAUCCUGGGUUGAGGUUGCAGCAGAUCAAGAACAUGGUGUUCAAGGAAUUCCAAAAGUCGCCUGAAAACCCCAUGAACCAGGACACGAAUGUGACAUACAAUGCGUCGAGAGACGAGGUGGAACAGAAAAAGUCCGACGUGCGCUCCAAGAGAGAGAAGAGGUUUGCGUAA